UCUCAAGUGAGAACUCGUGCUCACGUGAUGACUGUAGCUCGUGUUUCGGUGAUUUUGAUUCAUUGCGAGGGAUUCCAACGCACACGUACUACAACCACGUGACCGAAAGUACAAAACGCCUGUCAAGUUUCGCGGAAACUUCAGUUUGAACAUUUUACCGGUUGCGGUAGUCUAGCGCACCUGACGUAUUGUUAUUUUCUUCACUAUUUACCUUUUGAAUCGAUCGUUUGAUCACGUUGCUCUCGAUUUCAUCGAUAUUUAUUUUGAGUGAACAGUUGGUUUUUGUGAGUGGACUUUUUUCUCCUAGACUGGUGUUUUGUUUUUUUAAAACACGAAAUGAAUACCGAUAGUGAUAACAAUAAAAAUGAGCUCAGGAUCUCUGUGAGCCAACACCAGAAAGCCGAUCGAGAUGUACAGGGUGCAGGAGGUGGUGGUACAAAUGGUACUUAUCUAUCCCUAUCAUACGACAAUGCAGCUCUCAGCACCUCAUCAGAUAAUAUAAGUUUUAGACAUAGAAAUGAUUCAACCUACUUGGGAAGUAAUGAUUUUAUUGUGAUAGAUAAUACCAAAAAAAGUUCCUCCGCCGUGGAAGCUGUAAAAUCAAUAAUGCCAUGGGCUAAAACGAAAGCACGAAACGCUUGUACCCGAAAAAUGCUCCUCAAAAGACUGCCUAUUCUCAAUUGGCUACCAAGGUACGAUUCCUCAUGUGCUGUAGGAGAUUUGGUAGCGGGGAUAACGGUAGGCCUCACGGUUAUACCUCAAGCCCUGGCUUAUGCCAACAUAGCAG